AUGCCAGGAACCCUGGCUGGUGACGGCCGGGUGGUUAUUGUGGCUGUGCUGCUGGCUUCUUUGGCAGGGCUGUGGGGCACUGUUGAGGUGCUUGGCCCAGGCGGUGUCGCCGUUUUUUUCGCAUGCGGGGCUCCGGUUUUGAUACUGCUCCUGGCAUGGUGGCGCUUGGGCGAUGGAGUGCCAUUGGGCUUUCUCGCUUCCAUGUAUCUGCACAGCACGAUCUUGAGCAUCGUCCUAUCUGCUUUUGGUGAGUUGUUGAUGACGCCUAUCUGGGCACGGUCUUUUCCGGAUUGCCAGCUGGGAUUCACCGCACCUCACGCGAUCAGUCCGCGGACGGAGCGCUGCGGGUUCUUGGGCUUUGCUGCCUGGCUGUCUAUCCCCGGCAUGAUUGAGGAGACGUGUAAGGCCGUGUGGUUCUUCUACCGACUGCGGCGCAGCCCAAACGAUGUCCCGGAAACCUGUUGUGGCGGCAUGUUUUUCUCCCAAAGCAAUGGAGACUGUGGCUGGUGGUUCAAGCUGGCCCCUACACCGCAGCACGUGCUGUUGGCUGCAGUUGCCGCUGGUGCUGGUUUCGAGGCCGUGGAGAACCUGAGCUACGGUUUGGCUGCAAAGGAGGUGGACCUGGCCUUGCCAGUGGUGAUCAUCCGAGGCUUCUUCCCUCUGCAUAUCUGUUGGACGGGGAUGAUCGGGGUGGGCCUAGCUCGUCGUCUCUUCUUGCCACGAAAGCAGAACCCAUUACUCUUCGGCAUGCUCUGGCCGGCAAUGCUUCUUCAUGGCAUGAGUGACUACAGUGUCAUCCUCUUUGAGACGUUCGUUACAGCAAAAGAUCCGGGUGGCUGUGCCCUGGCCAUGAUGCUGGAGCUCUGCGUCUGGCUUGUCACCUUCGCCCGCUUCGCUGUGGCCUCGGGCCUUCGUCUCAGCUCUCCCAGGAGCUGCUGCUGCAACCGAAGCGUCUGGGAAGCUGAGUUUGAGGUGCCAGUGCUCGGGGAGCCCUUCGUGGCCCCAAGCAACCUCGAAGGCCGCUUGCUAGGCGAUGGCAGGCCCAAGGGGGAGUCAGCCGGGGCAAAGAGUCUCGAGGAGGACAGCGAGAGCUCUCAGGACCGGGCCAGGAGGGGAGGGCCUCUCUUGACAUACAUCAGCGAAGACCUUGUUCAGCGAGUCCUCUGUCGCUUCGGGUACCUUCAGGCUGGGGAGGAAAGUUUGGGCCAGGUGAUGGAAGCCGUGGAGUUGUUCUGGGACCGGAACCGUAAGGAGCUGCAAAAGUGCGGCUGGCAGGCCACACGCUCGGUGUCUGAUGCCCGCGAGACCUUGCACCAGAUCUUCACAGAGCCGCAUCGUCUUCAGGUUUGGCGCCUGGCCGCGGAGGAGUCGAGGCUCCGGCGCCGGCUGAAGGAAGCGGGUGAGAUUCGACAUGCAGCUGUGCCGCGGCCGCAGCUGGUGGAGGCCAUGCGCCGGCUGCUUCAACUCCGAGCACCCAGGGAGGAGCUCCCCAAGAUCUACGCUGCACACGUGUCACGGUGCUUGCAGAGGCGGAGAAGAGCCGAGCCGCCCUCGCGGCGCUUGGAGGAGGAGGCGAAGGUCGGACUGUUUCUCGCCCACAUGGGCUGCCCCUGUCUCAGUUUGACUGUGAACUCUUCGCGCAACAUCCUUGAGAGACGGGUCGGUCGCAUUGAGAACGUGGCGAGUCUUCUCCGAGGAGCGGCAAGGCUGGGCGUCGGCUCUGAUGGGAGCCGUGCUCUGGCUGGCGGUGGACAGGCGUCAUGGCGAGAUGGCGAAGGAGAGCCCAACAAGACCAAUGUCCUGACUGCAGGGGUCAUGGUGGUGAUGACCGCCCUCAGCUCUGCACUCUUCAACUUCCUGAUCAAGUUCGGCCUCUCACGGGAGACGCCGGUGACCACAAGCCUUGGAACGCAAAUAGGCAUUCCUUUGAACUUCUUGCUGGACUUGUUUGUGGUGCACAGCCACUUUCGAUGGCCUCAGGCCGUGGGUGUCCUGACGAUGUUGCUCAGCUUCAGCGUCUGGCACCACUCCGAGGCUCGAGGCCAAGCCGAGGCCCGGAUCGGAGGAGACGCCUCCGAGAGGCUGUUGGGUUAG